AUGGCUGCCUCGGUCAUCGAUGAGGACUUCAAACGGACGAUGAAAGAGCGGAAGGAGUAUUGGGAACCUAUUGAAAAAGGGUUGAAAGAUCUCGAAGAUGCUUUCAAAGAGGCGGGUUUCGGAGAUGCAGAACCACAUUUCAAGCGGUUGACAUAUUAUCUCGACAAAUGCAAGGAUACGUCCGACUUUGAAUACCACUGGAGUGAGCUGAAGAAUACGGUAGAAAAGCCAGCAGUGCAGAAGUUCCAAGUUAUCGGAGACCAAGCCGUUGUUGAUUUUAUUGAAAAGAAUCCGGACUAUUUCGAUGAUUUUAAAGAAGUUGUCAUUGAACCUCCGAGGAAGAAGCAGAGAGGUCGCCCGGCAAGAUUCAAAAGUGGACAAGAUACAAAAACUGACCAUGCGCUAGAAUUCGCCAACGAACUCCUCAAGAACGAGCGACAAAAAGAAGCUGUUUUCUCAAAUGAACGAGGCACACUUAAUAAACCAUAUUUAAUGGCAGUUACGAGGGGAAAAAGAGACCGCCUACCGCAGUUCUAUGUGAAUAUCGAUGGACUUAUUCGCGCCAUACGAGUUGACCAUAUUAAUCUAAGUGGAGCUUUUAUGGCGAAAUGUUGUGGAUUCAUGGGUCCAAGCAAAUGCAAAGCCCGACACAAAAUUCAAAUAACUAACAAAAAUCUUUAUCACAUGAUUGAAGCUGGAGAUGCUGGUCGAGAACGCUUUGCCCUGAAAGAAAAUGCACCCCAGCUGUUCGACCGCUCGUCAUAUGAGAUGGUUCCCCACGAUUCUAUUACCGGUGUUUCUAAUCUAAGUCCUCUCUGUGAACACACAUGUGACGAAGUUAGUAUCGAAGAAGUUAUAGCAAAGCUGAAGAAAAAGGGCCAUAUCGAUGAGAGUGAAACACUCGAGUCAUUGACAAAAAAUGACAAUUCUUCGAUAGCGGCACUGGGCGAUUCUUCAGAUACUGAUUCUGUGAUGGAAAUCGAUGAUUUCUGCGAUGAACCAAGACGAGAUAGUUCAAACGAGGACAAUAUUGUUGUGGAAGGUGUUUUAUCAAACGAGCGAGGGACUUUGAAUCUACCACACUUGGUUGCUGUUUCAAAAGGGAAGAAAGGUAGACUACCGAAAUUCUUUCUGAACAUUGAUGGAGAUAUUCGCUCUGUGCGACCUGAUAAGAUGAACUCUACUGGAGGAUUUAUGACAAUCUGCUCUGGAGCAAGUGGUCCCAUCAAAUGUAGAACUCGUCAUAAAAUUCAAAUCAAGGAUAAAAGUCUUUUCGACAUCGUCAAAUGCGAAGGUUCUGAUCGAGAAAGAACUGCCAUAAAAGAGGAUGCACCAAGCCUAUACGAUCGUUCUUCAUAUGAAAUUAUUCCGUACGAUUCUUUAGGAGGUGUUCCUAAUAUAGCCACCCUUUGUGAACACACGUGUGAGAAGAUUCACCUAGAAGAGGUUAUUGCAUUACUGAGGAGAAAUGGUCAACUGGAUAAGAGCGAAGAAGACGAUCGAAAUUCCCUUUCUAACUCUGCUCUCACCAAUAAAAUCUCCAACGAGCGAGGAUCGUCGAGUCUUCCGCAUUUAGUCGCUGUUGUUAAAGGUAAACAAUUGCCGAAAUUCUAUGUGAACAUCGAUGGAAAAAUUCGAGCAGUGCGCCCACAAGAAAUUAAUUCAAGUGGAAUGAUGAUAAUAAAAUGCAGUGGCCACAAAUGCAAAGGCCGGCAUAGAUUUCAAGUCGUCGACAAGUCUACUAUCCGACCUGCAAAGCGUAAAGGCUGUAGGGACCGUUAUGUUUUUAAUGAAGAUGCGCAAAAUCGUUUUGACCGCUCUUCAUAUGAAGUCAUUUACCACGAUUCGGGUCACGAACAUACAUGUGAGACAAGUUCUGUUGAGGAAAUCAUUGCAGCUCUAAAGAUGGUUAAUCGGGACGAAAAUCAAAAACUUGAGUCAUUGACGAAAAACGAAAAUCCCAAUUGUCUAAAGGAACGCAAUUACUCGGCUUCAGAAAUCUCUACUGAUCCAGAGCCGAUGGAUCACGAGGAAAAUAUGCCGGUUGAACGACAAAGGAAUCAGUCAAAAGAAGAUGAUCUUGUUGUGGAAGGUGUCGGUCAAGUAAGCCUCCCUCAUUUGAUUGCUGUUGCCCCUGGUAAAAUCGUUCAAACGCGGCCGAAAUUUUACGUCAACAUUUGUAAUACCUUUUACGAAAUGCACCAGGAAACGCUUAAUUUGGAUGGUGGUGUAACGCUUGUCUGUAAGAAAAGGGACUGUAGUGCCAAAUCUAAACUUCGGAUUCUUGAUGAGACUAUGAUUGCCAAGGAACCUGGCAAACGAGCACCAACAUUUGUCGAGGGCUGCCCGAAUGUUUUCAAUAGAAAUUUUUACGAAUUCGAAAGAUUCGAUAAAACCCAAGCUCACACAUGUGUUGGCGAAGAUUUGAGUUACGAAGAGAUUCGUUUCAAGCUGAGUAACGUGCGUGUUAUCACUCCUCCGAAGCGACUUAUGAUUGAAAAUGGAGAUCCAAACGCAAAACCAUCGACAGAAAUCCUAUCAAUCGAGUCAGGAAAGUGCAUGGGUUGCUGUAGAACAUUCUCUUCUUCCGACCUUCUCAUCGAGCAUAUUCUCAAGUCUCAUCGAUGCUCAGAUACGUAUGUCCUUACAUACGCGACUCACUGUUUCAUUUGCUUGAAAGAACACAAAGCAUUACGGACGCAUUUUCGAGAUACUAUCAAUGGCGGUUCUGAGAUUUCUACUGCCAUGAAAAACUUGCAUAUCGACAUGUACGAAGUCUACUCUGGCGAACCUUGGCAAAGUAAACUCGUCAACCGAGUAGAAAUUCUUCCGAGUAAGCUACGACGAUCAGUUCUUGGAAAUUCUUUGAAUGAAGACAAGAUUUUUGAGCAAAGCACGAAGGGAUUUACCUGCUACACGAUCGAAUCAGGGCAAUGUAGCUCCUGUCACGAUAAUUGCGAUUCUUGGGAAGGACUUCUUGCUCAUUUGGAGGACCAGCGAUAUUACUUAUGCCGGGAAUACUACCUCACCAAAGAAUAUUGCUUCAUCUGUAGCAAAUUCUACUCCAAAGUUAGCCAGCAUUUCAAUGAUGUAAAGCGCGGAAAGGGAGGGAAUUUCGCUGGGAAGCAAACUCUCGACAUUCACAAUGCUUUUCUGGAGCGAUUUAUUAUCCCUUGGAAAACAAAAUCAAGAAUCCCUAAAAAUCUCUUUGCCGCAAAUUCAUCGAUAGCAGACCAGGAUUCUAGUGUAGUAAAAGUCUCCAGAGGCCAUGAAAUCGUGAUUCCAAGCGAAUACCAUCCUAUUGUUUCUGGCAAAUGCUCCAACUGCAACGUUCAAUUUGAAAACUGGAAAAAUCUGAUUGCUCAUAUAAGAGGAAAGCAGGAUUGCAAGGAUUACCAUGUUCGCAAAUAUAUCACAUUCUGCUUUAUUUGUGCGCGACCUUUCAAGCAGAUAAAAAGUCAUAUCAAUGACUGCUUGAGUGGAAAAGUUAUGACAUCUCCUGACGAAAGGAAAAUGCACGAGCUGAUAAAACCGAUUUAUAUUCCUAAUCCAAAGCCAUUCCCAAAGUCAAAGAAACAAGAGAGACGAACUAAACCUCGUAAAGCUGAUCCUGAAAACUCUUCAGAUGAAGACGAGUCUUUCAAAACCGGAAAGAUACGAAACAGAAGACAGAAAAAGACGAGGAAACUUCUUGGGAAUUAUAACCCGAAAGAUAUGAUUGAGCAAGUUAUCGAAGGAGAUGGUACUUCAAUGGUUCCGCAUCUAACUGCCAUCACCAUCGGUAUGAAGCGCUCUCCAAGAUAUUAUGUGACUAUAUCUGGGAAACUUCGAGUUCUUCGGUGCAGAUCAUUUUCUCAUCAAAAAGAAACCUUCCGAAUGCAAUGUGUCGGCUGCAGUUCCGUUUACCACAGCAUGGAAGUCAUCGACAAGUCACUUAUUCUUCAUCAAGGGACGAAAAAUGCGACGAUUGAUAUGAGCAAUCCGAAAAUAUUCGAUGUCAACUCAUAUGCGAUGCUUCCAUCUGAAACAAAUGAACAUGGAUGCUCGGUUUCCAUCACAAAAGCGAUGAUUCGAGGAAUCCAGCGCGGGGAGAUAGAACCAAGUAACCUUCACGCCACCAGAGAUGUCGACACGAGAGAUAUACCUGCUGCUCCAGUUGAAAAACGGACUACUCCUAAAAGAGCCUCUACAAAACAGUCACAUCAUGAGUCCGGUGACUCCGACGAAAUGGAGAUCGAUGAUGGCGAGGAUUCGCAAGAAGAAACAACUAUCAGCGACGAAGAAUCGGACGGCUUAGACGAAGAGAGUGAGCCGGACUCUGAUGAACUCAUGGACAGUACUGAAUACUCAGCGACGGAAUCUCCGAUAAAGUCUGCUGAAUCUUCCAGAAUUGAUGUAGACGAAAAUAUGUCCGAUGAAGCGGAGGAUGAACCAGUCACUAGUACCGAAGGCAAUGAACCACAGAAAACUGUAAAUACUCAAGAUAAAUCCGAAAAAGAGAUCUCAUUUCAUCUUGAUACCUCCUCAGAAACCAACAAUCCUGACAAUUCGUCUCUGUAA